AACAAGAGGAAGCAGACAGAGAGAGAGAGAGGCGAGGCGAGGCGAGGCGACGGGCAGCACCACCACCACUUGCUCCUCAUCUCGUCUCUCUUCCACUCGCUCGCGAGCAAUCCUACCUACAAACUCUAAACCCAAUCCCCUCCCCUCCUCUCGCUCGUCUACCUUCCCCUCCAGCCCAUCUCACCGUACCGUACGUACCAGGUAGCAGCUAGCUAGGCGCAGGCCAUGGCCGCCGUGACCGCCUCUCUGUCGUCCUUCCCGGCCGCUGCCAAGGCGGCCGCUGCUUCGCCGUCCCCGUACACGUCAUGCACGUACCCGCGGCGCAGCGCCGCCCGGUCGGUGCGGGUGCGCGUUCAGGUGUCGACGACGGAGACCGCUGAGGCGGGGCCGGCGCCGGUGAAGACGGAGAAGAUCUCCAAGAAGCAGGACGAGGGUGUGGUGACCAACAAGUACAAGCCCAAGGAGCCCUUCGUGGGGAGGUGCCUGCUCAACACCAGGAUCACAGGAGACAAGGCGCCGGGGGAGACGUGGCACAUGGUCUUCAGCACAGAAGGCGAGAUCCCUUACAGAGAAGGGCAGUCCAUCGGCGUCAUCGCCGACGGCGUGGACAAGAACGGCAAGCCGCACAAGCUCAGGCUCUACUCCAUCGCCAGCAGCGCCCUCGGGGAUUUCGGCGACUCCAAGACCGUGUCGCUGUGCGUGAAGAGGCUCGUGUACACCAACGAUCAAGGAGAGGUCGUCAAAGGAGUCUGCUCCAACUACCUAUGUGACCUGAAGCCCGGCGCUGAGGUGAAGAUCACAGGGCCAGUCGGCAAGGAGAUGCUCAUGCCCAAAGACCCCAACGCAACAGUCAUUAUGCUGGCGACGGGUACCGGUAUCGCCCCCUUCCGCUCCUUCUUGUGGAAGAUGUUCUUCGAGAAGCACGACGACUACAAGUACAACGGCCUGGCCUGGCUGUUCUUGGGAGUCCCGACGAGCGACACCCUGCUGUACAAGGAGGAGCUGGAGAAGAUGAAGGAGAUGGCGCCGGACAACUUCCGGCUGGACUUCGCGGUGAGCCGGGAGCAGACGAACGCGGCGGGGGAGAAGAUGUAUAUCCAGACGCGGAUGGCCGAGUACAAGGAGGAGCUGUGGGAGCUGCUCAAGAAGGACAACACCUACGUCUACAUGUGCGGCCUCAAGGGGAUGGAGAAGGGCAUCGACGACAUCAUGGUCGACCUCGCAGCAAAGGACGGGAUCGACUGGAUUGAGUACAAGAAGCAGCUCAAGAAGGGCGAGCAAUGGAACGUCGAAGUCUACUAAUCCAUCGUCGAUUCUCACUAGCUAGUACAUACAGGCGCACGUCAGUACAUUAUAUCCAUCAUUUUGUUGUGCGAUAAAUUUGCCUGCCUGCCUGCCCCUGCCUGUGAUUUCCCUCAUGCUUGCAUGCUCUACUAGUAGCUUUUUAACUCAGCUUGCAUGCUGAAUUCAAACGUCCGAUCGAUUGUUGUACAUAUUUGUUUCAUGGUCGUCGAUCGAUCCAGACCUCAUGUAUUUAUUAUUUAUUAUUUAUUAUUAUAUAGGUAUAUAUAUUUUGUUGUUAUUUUCUUUUCAAGAUCACAUCAAAAUGGAUUUAUAUAUAGCUUUGUUUUUAGAGC